GGAAUCCUGCCGCAUCUCAGAGUCACUCGCAGCCCUGCUUAUCUGCCGCGCGCCCUGCGACCGCCGGCUGGUAGGGCGGAAGGGCUGGGCGCUUAGGAGCGCGGCAGGCUGGGCAGACUCUAGGCGAAGCGACGCAACCCAGAGGCGCGGAAGGCUCGCCGCUCCUAGACUUUGGCAGAGGGAGCCGCCGUGAAGCGAAUGUAGGGAGGGAGGAAAGAAGGGAAGAUGGUCAUUCGGGUUUUCGUCGCGUCCUCCUCUGGUUCCGUGGCGAUCAAAAAGAGGCAGCAAGACAUUGUGCAAUUUCUGGAAGCCAACAAGAUUGACUUUGAAGAAGUGGAUAUCACCAUGUCAGAGGAGCAAAGGCGAUGGAUGUAUAAAAAUAUUCCUCAAGACAAACUGCCUGCUCAGGGCAACCCUCUGCCUCCCCAGAUCUUCAGCAAUGAUGAGUACUGUGGAGAUUACGACUCGUUUUUUGAAUCCAAGGAAAGUAACACCGUCUUUGCAUUUCUUCGCUUGAAGUCUAAUUUGGCCUCAAAGGAAUUGGAACCUUAGGAAAGUUCCUUGAAGAUUCAAGAAGCACGUUGUCUGGGCGAAUGAAUUCCUCGACGUUCAGCACGCUACACCUUCCCUUGUGGAUCACUGUGAUACAAGCCAAUAUGCACCAUUGGUAUUUUGCUUGCUGCUGAAGAGGUGAAAUAAGACAAUGGAUACAAAAAAUGGGCCGAUCGGUGGUGUUGGGUGCUCUUCCUUCUUUGCAAACAUAUCUGUAGUUAAUCCUGUGGAUCAUUGUUCUGAUAUGCACUAUUAUUCCAUUUGAAUGAUGACUUAAGGUUCUGAAGAUGACAUAUGGCAGCUGAAUCAGAUCAUGCAUUAUAUAGUAUCAGAGAUUCAGGUGUUUACACUUCGCUGAGUUGAGAAUUACUGCAGGGAUGAUCUAUUGUUUUAACUAUGAUCACAAACAUAGAAGUUAGCCAUCUUGAGUUGCAAAGAUCUCAUUUUCCAAAAUACCAAAGAGAGAGAGAGAGAGAAAGACAGACAGACAGACCGACAGACCAAUAAUUCUCUUUGCAGAACAUCUAAUAGUUGUGCUAUACGUGCUGAUGUGUUUAUUGCCGUAAAUGGGCCUAGUAUGUAUUCCUAGUGGGAAAAAAAGAGAAUCAACAUACGGUUGGGAUACAGCAGUACAGUGUAUAAGCCUUUCUGCAUAAAUGCCUAACCUCAGCAAGGAUGUCUUUGCUUUGAUGUCCAUCUAAGAAUAAUCUCUUUGUGCAACCCAAGAGAGACCAAGCUCUGGUAUUUAAGAACAAUCCCAAAUCAACUGAUCAGUAAAACUAGCAAAGAAGAAACACUAGCCAUCUGUGUCAUUCUGAACAAUAUUGCCAAAUUUUAUAUUUCUGUAUGAUAGAUACUCUUCUAUCUUCAAUUUCAACCAUUCAUGCUUAUUGCUGUCACUAAGAUUAAUUGUAGAGCCAAGUUCAAAACAUGGAAUGCGCCAUGCAUAGUGAGCAACAUCUGUACAAGAUGGAAGCCAUGCUCGGUCACUUUAAUGGGGAAGUGGGUGGGGAUUCUUCAAGAAGGAAGCAUUUUCUGCCUAUAAAAUGUGAUAUUUCAUAUGACUGUGUUGGGUGAAGACAAUAUAGUAUCUUCCACUUAUAAGUCACACAAGAACAGAUAACCCAGUGGUAUACAUCUCUAAAUGUGUGGGAGUACAAGAAAAAUAGCUCAGCCCAGAGCACUAUUAUUUGGAAGUAAGUCCUAUUAUAUUCAAUCAAAUUUAGCCCCUGAAAAAUCUACACUUAUUAUUUAGAUUCCCAAACUCUUAUAAAAAAUCACACCUCUUCAUAGUUUUGGAAAUCAGCUGCCUUCUUGUCAAAGCCACUCUGGAUUUUUUGUUUGUUUGCUUUGGCUUAAAAUUGGGCAGCCGCUGUUAGGAUGUAGCCACCAUUUCCCCAAGGACUUCUCUAUAAUUCUUUAAAAAUGAUGGCUGGCUGCAUCAAACUGCUUGGAAAAGGAAGUGUGCCUGUUGGUACAGAAAAAGAAAUGCAGAGGGAAGCUGAGGGAGCAGAGGGGUCCUGAUGGGAUGGCAGAAAGCAACUGCCCUUGUUUGUCUUGACAAACUCGUGUCUUGUGAUUGGUCACACCACUGUAGCACCCACUAUGUGGCUAGAGAAGCUCCUUCCUCACAGACACUUUGUAAGAGCACCCAGGUCCUGUUUUGUUUUUUGUGUUCAAAAACUCCAGAUGUGUCUCACCCCAGUCUUGCACUAUAGAGCAACAUGUAAUCUUCCUUUAGAUUAGGACGAAAUGACUUGAUGAAGUAUGUUACUUCAUUGUAUACACUGAGUUUCUCCACUUGCUAGAGUUUUUGUUUUAUCUUUCAUCUAGAUGUCCUUUCUAUGAGCCUCUUGAUAGGGCAAUAAAUUCAGAUGUUAUCCUUAUAUAGAUCUGGGGUGCAAAAAUCUGGAGGACCAAUAGAUGGUAGAAAAAAGCUGCCCCCUCCAAAAUCACCCUAGCCCUUUGCUGCCAUCUAGUGGUCAUUGACUUUUCAGCCCAGAUCUGUUAGCUGCAUCCAGGGAUUAGAGAACAAAAAAGAGGGAAAAGUCUAGAUUUAAUAGCAAAAACACAGGAAAGCAUGAUCUGUAUUCAGUUAUUCAUUCAAAGCUCAGGGAAGUUUCUGAAGCAUUUGCUAUGGACAGGUAUUUUAAGGAAGUGGGAAAUUUUAAGAAUCCACUGUGCUAUCCAUUCUACUAUAUACGUGCAAAUCCUUGGGCAUACUUAACGUAGGAUGGGAUUUUAGCUAAUUUUAAUUACAAGAUGAUAUAAAUGUUGGUUUUGUUUUGCUUUGGAUUGUUUUUUUGGAAGAGGGAGCAUAUUAGAAUGCAAUAGCAAAAAGUGUCCUAUUUUCAUGUCUGUAUCAGAUCUCUUAAGCUCACUAGUGAAUGCUGUUCGGUGUUGAAUUAAAUGUUUCGCUUUUUUAAAUAAAAAUUUGGUCAAACUUUCA